AUGGAGAUCCAUCCGGACCGCUUUAAGGCCGUGGCAGGGAAAACUUUAGGAAAGAUACACAGGAUCAUUGAAAAGCGUCAAGAGAAUGGCGAGACUAUUGAGCUAUCAGCAGAGGGAAGGCCUGAGCUGGUGGAGGAGAAGCAGCUUCCUGUCGUGGACUGCACAUGCUUUGGCCUGCCACGGCGCUACAUUAUCGCCAUCCUCUCUGGUCUCGGCUUCUGCAUCUCCUUUGGCAUUCGCUGCAACCUUGGUGUUGCCAUUGUCAGCAUGGUCAACGAGCACACUGUUUUUAAAGGAAAAAAGGCUGUCAUAGAGGCUGCUCAGUUCACAUGGGACCCAGAGACGGUGGGGAUGAUCCAUGGCUCCUUUUUCUGGGGUUACAUCGUCACACAGAUCCCUGGAGGAUUCAUCUGUCAGAAAUUUGCUGCCAACAGAGUGUUUGGAUUUGCGAUUGUAGCCACAUCUGCUCUGAACAUGCUGAUUCCGGCUGCGGCACGGUUGCACUAUGGAUGUGUCAUCAUGGUUAGGAUAUGCCAGGGUCUUGUGGAGGGUGUGUCAUAUCCUGCCUGUCAUGGGAUCUGGGCCAAAUGGGCUCCUCCUCUUGAGAGAAGCAGACUGGCUACAACAGCAUUCUGUGGCUCAUAUGCUGGCGCUGUGGUGGCGAUGCCUCUGGCUGGUGUGUUAGUUCAGUAUACUGGAUGGUCGUCUGUGUUCUAUGUAUACGGUAGUGUUGGAAUAUUGUGGUAUCUCUUCUGGAUUUUGGUGUCAUACGAGAGUCCAGCUGUUCAUCCUACCAUUACCCCAGAAGAGAGGAAAUACAUUGAGGAUGCCAUUGGAGAGACAGCAGGGCUUGUUAACCCACUUCAGAAAUUCAAAACGCCCUGGCGUCAUUUCUUCACCUCUAUGCCAGUUUAUGCCAUCAUCGUGGCCAACUUUUGCAGAAGCUGGACCUUUUAUCUGCUCCUCAUCAGCCAGCCAGCGUAUUUCGAAGAGGUCUUUGGCUUUGAAAUCAGCAAGGUUGGCUUGGUGUCGGCACUCCCUCAUUUGGUGAUGACCAUCAUAGUGCCGCUGGGGGGGCAGCUGGCUGACUACCUUAGAACACACAACAUAAUGAGCACUACCAACGUCCGCAAACUUAUGAACUGUGGAGGAUUUGGAAUGGAGGCCACAUUGCUGUUGGUGGUUGGAUUCUCUCACACUAAAGCAGUGGCCAUAUCCUUCCUCGUACUGGCCGUUGGCUUCAGUGGAUUUGCCAUCUCAGGUUUUAAUGUGAAUCAUUUGGACAUAGCACCACGAUAUGCUAGCAUCCUGAUGGGAAUUUCGAAUGGAGUGGGCACUCUAUCAGGCAUGGUGUGCCCUCUGAUAGUGGGAGCCAUGACCAAACAUAAGACACGUGAAGAGUGGCAGUAUGUGUUCCUCAUAGCAUCACUGGUGCAUUACGGUGGUGUGGUCUUUUAUGGACUAUUUGCUUCCGGAGAGAAGCAGCCGUGGGCCGAUGCUGAGAACACCAGCGAGGAAAAGUGUGGAAUCCUAGAAGAGGAUGAACUGGCCAAUGAAACUGAAGAGCUUUAUAGGACAGGCGGCCAAUAUGGUGCCAUUAACCAACCAAAUCCUGCUGGAUUUAACAGUGGUGGAGGUGGGGGAGGGUCCGGAUGGGUCUCUGAUUGGGACAAAACAGAAGAAUAUGUUCAACCCGUUGGGACAAAUAGUUAUCUUUAUGGGGGAGAGGAAGAGAGGGACCUCACAUAGUGAGAGACAAACACAAACAGUACAUGUAAACCGGGGUCGUCAAAUUCACUUAAGUACAGUUUGGUGGCUUUGAUUUACAAAAUCAUC